AUGUCUGCCACUCCUGAACCUGACAGUGCCACAGUGGGUACAGAUAUUAGAAGAAACCCUACUAGAACCAGUCAAUCUUCAACCUUUGAUGAAGGACCAGCAAGAAGGAGGGGAAUCUCAGGAACCUCAUCUGUAGGAACCUCUAGAGCCUCUUCUCCUACCUAUACAGCAAGGGGACCAUCUGUCAUGCCAGGAUCAAUGCCUGGCUCUGAGGAUGAAACUACUGUGAUUGAGGAUGAUAGUACAGUAGAAAACCCUAGCAUUAUGAUUACUGACACUUCUAGCUUAGAACCCAUAGUAGUGCAGGAUACACCUCCUACACUACCAGCCACUCAUAUCCAGCCUUCCAACAGAUCUUCUGUCACUAUAGAAGACAUUACUGCCCAGGAAGUGGAUACCACUCUUAGGAGACACAACCUUACUGGUACCACCAUAAGACAACCAAGAAAAAGAAGCACUUCCAAUAUGGGGUACCAUGAAACAGCCCUACAGAGCAUCCCUGCAUCCAUUACAUCUAGUAGGAGAACAAGCCCUGUAGAGCUUGACCAAAAGCUUGGGGAACCAACACUGGGUCACCAACCAACAGCAUUAAUUGCACACCAGCCACAACCCCAGAUACCUAUGCAGGGGUUACCUAUAUCCAGGGCUGCUAUAGCUGACUAUGAGGCCAAGAGCCAUCAGGUGAUGCCUCAAGUCAGGGUAGAAGCAGCCAUCAGCAGUGCCAUCAAUGAUAUCAAAGAUGACAUUGCCUUGAAGAUGGGCCCUAUCAAAUACAUACAUGCUAAUAGCUCUGAAAGUGCAGCUGCCCUGAGACAAGUGGGCAGAGAUGUAGCAGACCUCAACCUGCAGACCAACUAUAUAAGAAGGAAAUUAGGUGAAGUCUCUGAGGAGCAAAGAGCAGCUCAAACAGCCCAUAACCACCUGGUAAAUCAAGUAGAGGAUCUACAAGACAAGGUGGAUGCAUUGCCUCAACUCUUUCAGGAUGUGCAAUCCAGGAUAUCUACCAUGGAGGAAAGACUUUUGGAAGCAAUUUUGGAGGUAGACAGGAAGAUAGGACUACCUAAAGAGCCAGAGCCAGAAGGAACUGAGACUGAAAGCAACAGUGAGGAAGAAGAUGGUGAUAGUCUUCAUCUCUCUAGACAAAGACAGUCCUCUCCAGCCAGAAGAACCUCCAUUCCAAAAGAAGCCAGACUUAAAUAG